AUGCGCACCUUCGAAGGUGCCGGCAAAUUCCUACGGCGGCAUCGGGGCCUUCUGGAUUGGAUGCGUCUCGCUGUAGGUCACUUCCUGACUGCUCGCCAUAGGCUCCGAGUGGGGAACCGCCGGGGGGUGUGUCCCUCCGGUCACGUGGUCGUGACUCGCCGGCGACAGCAUGGAGGGUGUCCCGGGGUCGGAGUGGGGGUGGUGAUUACCAGCCCCGCCCACCCCGACUGCGUCCUCCUGGGCAAGAGGAAAGGCGCCGUCGGGGCCGGCACCUACCAGCUUCCCGGAGGACACCUGGAAUUCGGGGAGAGCCUGGCGCAGUGCGCGCGGAGGGAGACCCUGGAGGAGGCCGCGCUGCACCUGAAGAACGUGCGCUUCGCCUCGGCGGUGAACGCGGUCAGCGCCCCGGACCGGUACCACUACGUCACCAUCCUCAUGAAGGGGGAGGUGGACACGGAGCGCGAGCCCGAGCCCAGGAACCGCGAGCCCGAGAAAAACGAGAGUUGGGAAUGGGUUAAAUGGGAAGAAUUUCCUCCACUAGAUCAACUAUUCUGGUCUUUACGCUGUUUAAAGGAACAAGGUUACAGUCCUUUUACAGAAGACUUUAAUCAUCUCAGGGGAUACACAGGAAAUCACCACUAGAUGGCAUAGUAAAUUCAUUGUAUAGUGUGUAAAAGACAGGGAUAUCUUGUGCCCUCCCCCAGCAUUCUGUCAAUGCCAAAGUCAGAAAGCUGUUGCAGUGCUUUACAGUCUUUAACAUCUGGAGUCUCUGUCACAGUCACCAUCCUUGUAUCCCAGGAAUAGAUGGGACUCCUUUUGGAGCCAUUCAAUGUUAAACAUGUUCUCAAAGUAAAAAGAUUAAAUGUGCUAUCUUAUUUUACAGGAUCCUAUGUAUUUGUUAGCACUCUAGUGUCUUACCCCAUAAACUUUUAUAUAUGUCCCAUUGAUGUCUGUGGAACUACUCAUAUAAAACUAUUCCUGAGGGAAGGGUUUGCAGGAGCAAGCCCAGGAGAAACUUAGUUUCCCUUUCAUUCAGCUUCUUGUUUUUCGUUUUAAAGUAAAGAAGGCUUGUUUGCUGCCACUCUGCAGUCAUAGUUGUGAGAACAACUUCUAGACCUUGACUGUAGCCUCACAUCAGCCUGUAUUAUUUUAGUUGAUGCCACUGGCUGCCACAUGGAAGGUUUUUUUGUUGGCGGGGGGGAGAGUGUCAUACUGAGUGUGUCUUGUACUGGCUGCAGAAGCAUGCUAAGUGCUGAAGAGAAAAGCAGAAAUAGAGUGGGUGGGGAAAAGAUAUCCUAGCUUACAGGAAUGGGGAAAAGUUCUAGGACCCCACAUGGUGGGAAGUCUUUUUGGUAUGAAACCUGAUUUGUUAGUAAGCAUUCACUCUGCUAUAAAAUGUUAACACACAAACAAAUCUUAUAUCCUGCUAAUCUCCCUUUGAUGCCCAUGCAUAAUAUCUUUCUCACAAAGGAAAGUUGUGUGUAUAAAAAGGCAAAUAGCAUAUGUUAAUGUUGCGAAACACGUUGACCUCAAAAUAGUUAUCACGUUUAGCAUGAGAAUAAAAUAAGCAAGGCGUAGUGGCAGCAGACAUGACUUUCUUUUGAGUCUUAAUUAUGGUUCUAACAUGGGAACUUUUCAGCACAGCGCGCUUAGUGUUUGUUGUGAAUUAUGUUGCUGUAUAUUUUAAUUUUUUGAAGUGCUUGAAUGCUAUAGCCUACUGACACCGUAAAACUUCUAAAUCUUGUUCAUGAUCACUCCUACUGGGCAGACUAUUACUAAUUCACUCUUCAGAUAAGGAGUGCAGCCACCAUUAAACUGGACAGAAAGCUGUGGUCCCUGUGAUUACACAGUGGUCAGAUAACUCCUAAUCACCAAACCAUUUGAGACUGAAAAUUUAAAUGAAUUGGCAGCAUGUAACACUGCAGAAGGCAAAGAUUUCAUAUGCACUGAGUUAAAGAUUUCCAUUCUAUUUUACUCAUAAAUAAGAAUUCAGGCUGGGCCAAAUCCUGAUCCCACUGAAGUCAGUGGGAGUUUUUCCAUUGACUGUGCAUUUUUGAGAAUUAUGAUUUUAAAUAUCUGUUGGAUAAAACUUCAUAGAACUAGUUCAGUUUUUCCUCUUCAAGCGUCGUCUUUAACAGUAUAUUUUGUAGCCACAAAAUACAUUCAGAAAGAGGGGUGGGGAAAGUGCGAUAAUAUUGGUUGUACCACUUGCAUAGAGAGGAAGAAUGACAAAUGCAUUGAUAAUCAUUUUCAGGUAAAACUCAAUUUUAAAAUGAACAGUAUUAAAGUAUGUGAAUCACUUGCAUACUUUAUAUGCAAAGCAAAGUCAGCUCCAUUUACUUAGAAGAUUCGUACUGCUUCUGCUACUAAGUUGAUGGCAUGUGAUUGGAAGGUGUUAAGGCACAAUGGAUUAUAACUAAUCCCACUGGGAAAUAUUUUUUUUAAUGUGCUGCUUAACUAUAUGUAACCUCUUGUAGAAAAAAUGUUCAUUUCAUAAAGUGGUAAGAUUAUUUAUUGCUAAAAAUAGUUUUGCAAUUUAAGACUCACUGAAACUUACCUUACUGUAGUGUAUUUGUGUAUGAGUUAUUUUCCUUUGCAAAAAAUUAUUUAAGGUUAUCUUCCUGACAGCAACACUUCAUGUACACUGUGUAGGCAGUUUGAAAUUAUCUCAUCUAGAUGUUAAAAAACAAGGCUGUCAGAAGAGGUGACGGAUCUCCUGUCCAUCAAUCUAAAGGGUAAUAAAGGAAGAGAUUAAAUUAAAUUAUUCAGUACUAACUUAGUUUCUGGAUGACACUGAUCACUAAUGUGAAGGGACAGGCCUAAUUUAAAAAUUAUUUUAUGUUGCAAUAAAUGUUUUAUACCUCUGAA